CUAGUGGGCCCAGCCGGUGCUGCAGCCUGGCUCAGACACACAGAGAGGAUGAGGCCUGCAGUUCCUGCACCGAUAAACCCAUCAUUCACCCGGGCCGGUUAGCAUGGUCCGGGUUAUGGAUGCACCAACCGCACAUUUCGACGAUAACCGACCGAACCUGCAGGAUCUGAGGGCAGGUUCGGUGUCUCUGAGCGGCCGAGCGGCGCUCCGUCCCUCCGCAGAGGCAUCGGAGGCUCAGAUCCUCCUGGACCGCGAUGAUCCUGCGGGACAGACUGACGGUCCCCCGGAGGAAUCCCGUUGGUGCAGAUCCACGGAGGAACUGGUUCACGGUGUGGGUGAGAGGCUAUCGGGAUGCUUUGGAGACGUUGAACCCAAAGCGGAGAUGAUCGGUCCAGUGAGCGGCUUCACCGACGAGACGCUGCUGGAGAAAGACGAGAUCUGGAAAGCUCUGGCUUCCAACUACGGCCAGGUGAUGCCGGUGGACUGGAAACGGUGUCGGACGCGCUCCCUCUACAUCUCUACAUGCAACCUCGAGGAGAGACCUAGAGAGACAGAUGAUGCAGCGGAGCUGUCCGACGAAGAUGAGCUGAGGGAGCAGCUGGACAUGCACUCCAUCAUCGUUCCCUGUCUAGAUCAGGAACCUCUUGUCACAGCCGAUCAGGUCAUUGAGGAGAUCGAGGAAAUGAUGCAGGACUCACCUGAUGCAGAGGGUAAUCCCUCCCAGUCGGACCUGUCCAUGCUCUCUGUUGACAUCCAGCGAAGCAGCCCUGGCUUCAAGGACAGAUUGAGUUCCCUGAGUGUCGCGGAGCUGCUGGAGCGUCUGACGGAGACAGAGGUGAACAUCAGGAGGUUUUCUGAGGAGCUGGUGCAGCAGCUGGCUGUCAGAGAUGAGCUGGACUUCGAAAAGGAGGUGAAGAACAGUUUUAUCUCGGCCCUCAUUGACGUGCAGAACCGGCAGAAGGAACACAGAGAGUCGCUGAGGAAGAAGAAGAAGCUCAAAGGUGGAGCUGGUCCAGCUCAGGGUCUCCCAGAGAGAACACCAGGAUCACGCUUCAGCAUGGACGGCCUCUCCUCUGUUAUUCAAAACAGCUUUCGGCAAACAUUUGGCAGCGGCUGCAGCGAAAGACAGUAUUUGACCACAGUCAUUCCCUACGAGAAGAAGGGACUACCUCCAUCUGUAGAAGACCUCCAGAUCCUCACCAAGAUUUUGCAAGCUAUGAGAGACGACAGCGACAAGGUGCCUGGUCUCUUGACGGACUACAUUCUCAAUGUGUUUUGUCCGACAUAGAGGGAGUCUAAAGAUCUGCAGAGAGUAAAAGUUAAAAAGAAGAGGACUUGUGAAGCACACUUAAUUUAUUCCUGACUGUUAUUACCUCCAUGUGUUUUUCUUAAAUUUAUGUUAAGGUUGAAAACUUUUAUUUGCAAAUAUAUGGCAUUUCUGCAUUUUUCCACUUUUUUUUUUUAUUCCAUUGAAUAUUAAAUGAUUUAAUUAAGGGCAAAGUGGUAAAGCUAAGGGCUUAGUAAAAACGAACAUUCAUCUCCUGAGCCAAGAAUCAAAUGCAACUACAGUGGAGUAUUUUUUAAAAAAGAGCAAAACAUUUUGUAAGCACAAAAGAGCAAAAGGACAAGCUCUUUAUCCCGGCACAGGAAGUGGGAACUGAGAGAAGAGAGGCUGAAUAAUAAACAAACUGAUACAUAAGAUGUUAUAAACAAAAAAUAGAAAUGCAUUCUGUAUCACUGAAAGACAACAAUCUGCCCUUAUCUUAUCAGUACUCUACCUCCAGCACCAUUGAUAAACUCAACAUGCAGCAAUACAUGACCUGCUGUAAGCUGGAAUGACGAAUAAAAAAAAAAGAAAACCAUCUAUGCAUUCGAGUAGAAGCUGCAUCUGAGAUCAAAACGCUUCGUGUGGAGCAGACCUCGACUCCUACUGUGUUCCUACCAGCUGCCUUUGCCAGAACUUUUCUACAUCAUGGAGAACUUAUUUUCACUAACUGAUGAAUGUCAUUAUAAUAGACUAACUACAGAGGCAAUGUUGCUAUUUAUUUAUUUAUGUAAAUACUGUAUUUGGAUAAUAGAGAUCUUCAUGUGUUUGUUUAUUUUACUACUGAGUAUAAAUAAUAAAGUCGAUAAUAAAAACAAA